UCUUCCAUAUUACAUACAUAAUUAUGUCUAGCCGAAGGUCACGGUCAUCAAGACAAACCGGAGCUUCCAUGAUUAGCGAAGACCAAAUCAACGAUCUUGUCCUCCAGCUUCAUCGUCUUCUCCCCGAACUUGGUAACAACCACAGACGCUCUGGAAAGGUUUCAGCAUCGAAGGUAUUACAAGAGACAUGUACUUACAUAAGAAACUUGAACAAAGAAGUGGAUGAUCUUAGUGAAAGAUUAUCUCAACUUUUGGAAUCAACUGAUUCAGCUCAAGCUGCGCUCAUCCGAAGUUUGCUUAUGUAG